AUCUGAAAAAAAAAAAGAGACGGGGAAUUGUACCUUUUUUUCUGCCUUCCUGCUGUCGUGUCCAAUUGCUCAGCCGUCGCGAUCUAUUCGGCAUCGCCGCGCCGCGAUCGAUCGGCCGAGCCCUCUUUCGGGAUCGUGAGCCGGUGAUUGUAGGUGGGCGCCUAGGGUUUCUGGCGACCGCGGGCGUGUGCUGCUAGCGCGCCCCCCUCGCUUGGUGCGAGUUUUGAGAAUUUGAGUCUUGGGGGUUUUGGAUUUCGCUUCUUCCUGAUUAGGAGCGGGCGUGCGGGCAAGCGAGGGUUUUGUUUUUUUUUGUUUUUUGUUUUUUGUUUUUUGUUUUUAGCAGGGAUCGGGAAAAUAGUGUACUUUGAGUUGUUUGAGUUUAAGGGAAGAUGCAAUCGCAAAAGCCUCGGGACCGUGAGAAAUUAUCUCCGCUGGAGAAAGCCAAAAAUGGUAAGCCUGUGGUGAGUUCUGAGCUGCGCGCUGUUUCGCAGCGCCGUGGUCCGGAGGGAUCACACGGCGGUGGCGAUGAUUGUAGGAGUUUGAACCCUCCGGGAUUGGAUGAGCCUUCGGGGGAUGGGGGAAGAAGUUCGCCGAAAAGGAGGAGUUCUCAUUUGCCCUCGCAUGGCGCUAGAGAUGGUUGGGUUGAUUCAAGAUUGGCGACUUCAGGACAUGUCAAGAGAAGGCCUUCCAAUGAUAAGGUUAAACAAAGGGAAGUUGAAUCAGGUGAGUUCAUUGGGGAUUCUGAUGGUGACACAGAUGAUAGUAGACCGAUGCAUGGACAAUCUAAUGAUUAUGCGACUCGUAGAUUGAUAGAGGGAAGAGAUUCUAGUCAAAGUAAGAACCUAACCUCUGCUCGGGAAUAUGCAAUGGUGGAUAGAAAAGAUGGUGUUGUACGGGAGCCUUAUUGUGAAAUUUGUGCAAUGGAGAGGCAGUCAACAUUACAGGACAGUGAUAUGCGCUGGUAUGAAAGUGAAAGAUAUCGGUGCCAAGAUCGCAUUCACUUUAAUAAGUUGGAACAUCUUAAACCUCACCAGCAAAGCGAUGCAAGAUUUAAUCCAAGAGCUGUUGCUCGUGCAGCUCUGCCUGCAGCUUAUUCUAAAGAAUCAAGUUUUCACAAUGAUUUUGGGAGGUCAUCAGGCAAUCAUUCACGGAGAGAACUUAUAUACUCUCAUGGGGUUAGAGAGCCCUCGAAACCUACGAAUAAAAAUUCAGAGAGGCAGAAAUAUCCAGAAACUUCAUAUGGAGGUGCCAAUUACCAGAGAAUGCUUAUUGAUUCUGGAAGAGAAUCUGAUAUGGGACUGAGGAAUAUGCACAUCCCCAGGAAGCGUGCUUAUGACACCCUCAGGGAUGAGCGGGAGAACUAUUUUGAUGUCAAGCCACAAAGACUUGCUCAUGAGAUUGAUAAUUUGCAUGAAACAAUACCUAUUCACAACCAAGUAAAUGAUCAAGUACAGUACAGCCAUGGUGAAAUAAAUGAUCAUGCUAGAAAGGUGACAGGACCAAGUAUUGCUCGGUCUGUAGACAAUGAUGAAGAAAAUGCUGAUGAUUAUAGGAAUUUCGAGAGGAGAAGUGCAUGGAAUCAUGCUACCAUGGAGGAGUCAACUGUUCCAAAGAGUUUUAAAGGAUCAGAUGUUUCACAUCAAGAUUGGACACGUUCUGAUUAUGGUUCUACCCACACCAUUCAUAAGAGCAGAACAUCGCAAGAGUCAGCCUUUCUACGUAUUGGCGCAAAGCAAGCUAAUCAGAUCUCAGAAGUUAGACCAAGAUAUGAUAUUAGAAGAAAUGAUGAUUCAUUGAACCCAAAAGAGAUCUAUUUUGAUGACUCCAUGUCCAAGUAUGAUAGAGGCAUGCAUAGAGCUGCUGCAAGAGUGAAGAGACUGAAAGUGGAAGAAGGCUGCAGCUAUGAGCCUUAUAAUAGGAUACCGAAAAGAAGAAUGUAUGAUAUAGAGGAAGAAUUUGGUGACUAUGCUCAUAGAGGUUCAAUGCCUGCAAACAGAAACUUAUGUGAGUUUGAGGAUCUAGAUAACAGCGAAGAGUUGGUUGGGGAAGAUUAUAGGACCGAGUUAUACUCACCUAGUGGUGUAACAUAUAAUUCUGAUGAAGAGAGAUCGAGUGAAAUGGCAUAUUAUAGACAAAAGUAUCAUCAAGAUGAUUUUUCAGAUGGUUGUUGGUCAUAUCAAAAUGGGUUGGAGCAUCAACAAGAGGAUCCAGUGAGAUUAUCUGAACAUGGACAGAGAUACUUGAAGGGUUAUCAUAAAUCCCAGCCUUUGAAACAGUACAAGUCACAACAUUUCGGUUACAAGAAGCGAUUUCACAAAAACCAGAGAAUUAGGAAGACAUAUGAUGAAUCCAAUGAGGGUCAGCAUUCGAAUGAUGGUGAUGGAUUAGAAGAACCAGAAAGUGCUGUAGUAUCUGAAUUUCCCGAGGAAUCAGAGGAAUUUGAGAAAUCAGUGCACGAUGCCUUCUUAAUUUAUUCAAAAAAGCUUAACACUAACUCAAGGGUUCAAAGACGAUACCUGGCUCAAGGAAAAGCUGGAAGUUUAUUCUGUGUUGUAUGUGGCAGGAGCUCUUCCAAGGAGUUCCAAGGUACUCAGAACUUGGCAAAGCAUGCCCUCAUGUCUCGGAAGGUAGGGCUAAGAGCUCAGCAUCUUGGACUGCACAGGGCAAUCUGUGUUUUGCUUGGGUGGAGUCUUGUGACUGCAGACCCGAUAAAUUGGGUUCCAGAACCGUUGCCUGAUGACAUUGCAUUGACUCAGAAGGAGGACUUGAUUUUGUGGCCUCCCCUUGUUGUCAUACACAACAUUUCUAUGGCAGUGGAUGAUCCUAAAGACCAGAGAGUAAUCCCAAGGGAAAGGAUCGAAACAUUUUUGAGAGGUAAAGGUUUCGCAGAGGGUAAAAUGGUGGUUUGUCUUGGGAAGCCUGCCGACCAAAGUGUCAUUGUGGUGAAGUUCUUAAACACGUUCUCUGGACUUGGAAAUGCCGGUAAACUGCACGAGUAUUUUGCUGAGAAUAAACGUGGGAGGGUCGAAUUUGAGAAGAGAACUACAGAUCAUGGUGAAGGCAAUAAAAAUGAAGCACCAGGAAUGCAGGGAAAUGACGAAGACGAGACACUUCUCUAUGGAUAUAUGGGGAUUGCUGAAGACUUGGACAAAAUCGAUUAUUAUGCUAAGAAGACCAGUUGGGUAAAGAGCAAGAAAGAGAUCUACGAUCUUGCAAAUGCUCCUGUCAAAUCGAAGGAGAGCUAAUUGUACCUGGCCGCGCUUUCCGUGAUCAACAAAAUUACGCGGCAUCAUGAGUUGCACUGGAAUUAGAGUGCAUUUUUAAAGGCUGGACUUUUUUUCUAUUGUGAGAUCUGUUUAUGACGUGAAACUUUUAUUUCCUGGAGCCAACUAUGUUUAUGCUUAAAAAGAUAAUGUACAGGUGCAGUGACCUUCUGCUGCUUUGCACUUUGAGUCUAAUUUAUGUUACCUUUCUUUA